GGCUGUCACCGGUCCUUUGUCUGGGAGCCGCCAUCUUGGGCUCGGUGUUCCUGCCCGGGAGGCUCCUGCGCAGCUUUGUUGGCGCGGUGACGCCGUGGGUGCUGGACGAUGGUGGGAGGACACCAGCGUCCCCCAGAAGUGGACUUGAUCCCUGUUAUCUGAAUGGAGGACCAGUAGGCCACUGGAGGAGGAGAAUCAAGAUGCUCCAGUUGACAGUCAGGUGACCCUCUGAAGCUCAUCUGCCUCUCCGACCAUCAGGUGGCUGUGCUGUAGACUCUGUUGCCCUGUGACGUGCUGGUGCGGGGAGUUCCAUAGGGAGGACGCUCCAUGUCCUGGAAGCCAGAAAUGGGGUUGGUGUCAUUUGAGGAUAUAGCUGUGGAAUUCACCUGGCAGGAAUGGCAGGACUUGAAUGAAGGUCAGAGAACUCUCUACAGGGAUGUGAUGCUGGAGAACUACAGCAACUUGCUGUUCUUGGGGCACUGCAAGACCAAACCUGAGCUGAUCUUCAAUUUGGAGCAAAGACCUGGGUCAUGGAUUGUAGAAGCCUCACACCAGUGCAUCCCAGAUUUCCAGAAAACGAGUACCCUGAAUAAGACCAGUCCAGAAACCAAAGCAAGACAUGUGUGGCAAGUUGCCCUCAACAGUGAUCCAUCGAAGGAGCCGGCUGGACUAGGGAGUACCUGCAAUGUGAGCACAAACCGUAUUUCAAAUCAGACUAUAAAGAAUGAGAACUCACUAGGAAUGAGUCCUAGAAAGUUUAUUCUGUGGAAGGACGUGUAUCUCCAUACUGAUGCUGAUGAGAUAGAAGUUGGAGAAGAACCUGAUGAUCUUAAUGGAACUAUAAAAUCUGUCAAACAUCCAGAGCAUGUUAGUCUAUACAAGUUUCAAAGUUCACAAAGUUACUUUCACAAUCUUAUACCAGGGAAAUCCUUCAACACAAAAGCAGUAUUACUUACUCAUAAGUUCAAUGAAUAUGCAAAAUCCUUAGGUGAUACAGCAUUUAUUGACAAAGAGAUGGCUCAGAUAAGGGUGGAAUCUUUUGAAUGUAAUGUAUCAGAGAGAAAUUGCAGCAAGUCUGACCUUAUUGAAAAUGAACCAAUACACGUGGGAGAGAAACAUUUCAAAUGUAGUGACUUUGAGAACCCUUUUAUUAUUGAAUCAUACCUUCCAAAACAUAAGGGACAACAUGAAAAGCUCUUUAUCCAGAAGGAAUAUGAGUUUUCUCAGCAGUCAGAAGUGAGUCUUCAUCAGAAAAUCCGCAGAGGGAAAAAAACCUAUGAAUGUAAAAUAUGUGGCAAGUGCUUUUAUUGGAAAACAAGCUUCAAUAGACAUCAGAGCACUCACACUGGUGAAAAGCCCUAUGAAUGUACAGAAUGUAGUAAAGCUUUCUGCCAAAAGUCACACCUCACUCAGCAUCAGAGAGUUCACACGGGCGAGAGACCAUAUAUAUGCUUUGAAUGCAGGAAAGCUUUCUAUCGUAAGUCAGAGCUGACUGACCAUCAGAGAAUUCAUACAGGUGAGAAGCCAUACGAAUGUAAGGAAUGUGGGAAAGCUUUUUGCCAAAAGCCCCAACUUACUCUGCAUCAGAGAAUUCAUACAGGUGAGAAGCCCUAUGAGUGUACAGAAUGUGGGAAAGCCUUCUCCACCAAGUCCUAUUUAACUGUACAUCAGAGAACCCACACAGGUGAGAAACCUUACGAAUGUACAGUAUGUAGGAAGUCAUUUAUCUGUAAGUCAAGUUUCAGUCAUCAUUGGAGAACUCAUACAGGUGAAAAACCUUACGAAUGUAAGCAGUGUAUGAAGACCUUCUACCGCAAGUCAGGCCUGACUCGACACCAGAGAACUCACACAGGUGACAAACGCUAUGAAUGUCAAUUAUGUCAGAAAGCUUUUUACUGUACUUCACACCUCAUUGUACAUCAGCGAACUCAUACAGGUGAGAAGCCUUAUGAAUGUAAGGAAUGUAGGAAAGCUUUCUAUGAUAAGUCAAACCUUAAGCGGCAUCAGAAGAUUCAUACUAUGAAGAAAGCCUCUGAGAGCAAACAGUCUAACAAUUUUUUUCUGAAUGAUACUUCUCAACAUCAGACAAUGUAUUAUGAAUAUGAAGAAUGUAAGAAAGCUUUCCACCAGAAAGCAAACUUUACUUAAACAUUCUUCUUACAGGCAAGGGGACCCUGUGAUUGGAAAACACUUAUCCAAAAGUCAGGUCUUACUGUAUAUUGGAUCACUUAUACAAGGGAUUAAACCAAAUGAAUAAACAGUGAAGGAAAACCUUGAUUUUUGUUUGUUUAUCAAAAGAACUCACAAUUGACUGUGGCAGAUAAUUUAGCCAGGUACAUUAACCCGACAUAGGACAGAUGUUUAUGGUAGAGGAUCACUUGCACUCAGCCAAUAGAGGAAGACACUGUGAUUUAAGAAAAAGUUGGGCAAAGUUUUCUACUUGAGGGUCUCCUGACUGCCAGAACCCAGGGGCGUGAAACCAGUGGAAGUGAGGAGUGCCCCAAACUCUGAAUGCAAUCUGGAAGUCAUUGUUGGGUGUUUGGGGACAUGCCUGUAAUCUCAGUACUUGGCAGGGUGAAGAAAGAGGUGAGGAGUUAUAGUCUAACCUUUGCUACAAAGCAAUUUCAAACCCAGCCUGGGGUACAGAGGACUUAAAAAAAAAGACAAUUGAUUAAAAAUAAGAAUCUGAGACUCUAAACUUCACAAACCAUACAAAGGGGACAAAGGACAAUACAAAUCGGGUUAAAUGUUGCUAUACCUCGCUUCCAUUUGAAUUAAAGAUGCUAUAGGAGUCCUAUUUGUGUGAGUUUUGUGGAGCCGUGUGGAACUUUGUGGAAAUUACAUGACACUGAGCAUCACCCAUAAGAGUCCACUUGAAUGUAGGCAGUCAGGGCUGUGGGUAUCGCUCAGUUACAGAGUGUUGGGCUGCUAUUACUGUAACAUGUCUUUCAUAUAAAUUACAUGUAUUAUCACCUUAAGGGCUUUAUCUGUGCAUGCACUCCACAACACAUAUAUCAAGGUCAGAGGACAAACCCCAAGGUCAGUUUUCUUCUACCUGGUGGGUUCUUAGUAGUAAACUCAGGUCAUCAGGCUUGGCAGAAAACAGCUUUACCCUCUGAGCCAUCUCUCCUGCUUCUGUAUUUUAACUUAACAACUGUUGUAAGUUACAAGUAAUUCUGGAGGUAUUUUCAGCUAGUCCAGAAUGCUUUACUGGGAAGGACAUUUCUUUUUAUCACUUUUCUUUAGUCUCCCUAACUUCAGUUUGCAGAUAAGGCACAAAUGCCUUGGCUGAUAGCAAAGUCCUCCUUAUCUUGCCUUAGCCCUGUGAGUGCUUAGGUUAAAUGUAUGUGAUACUGUGCCUACCCAUACAAUUUUAAGGCAUAAAAAAAUUCAUGAAAAUUUCUGGAGUUACUGGAUGCUGUGUUCAUGAUCUAAAUACCCCAUCAGUGUGUCACCAAAAAUAAAAAAAAUAAAAAAAAAUUAAGCAAAUGAAAGAUUUGAUUUUACAGCUCAGCGAAGGGAUGGCAAAUCUCUUGACAUCAAGAUAAAUGAUGGUAAUAUGAAAUUUCAAAGUUUGCUGCAUCAGGUCCCUGUAUCUUUCUCCUCACAGACAAGCAGAAGUCAGGGAAGCUGAAAAAGAAUGAAAGGUGAAAUAAGACAUAUUCUCAUUUGGACUGUAUUAAAAUCCUAAAAUGUAAAAAUAUUCUGAUCAUAUUACUUGAGUGUUAUUUGGAAAUAAUAAAUGAUUUAAAAAUAUUAUUUUAAGUUGUAUUCAGCAGUUGUGUACAAACAAGCAGGAUGGUCAUUCCCAGUCAGCAUAAAUUGACUGCUACUCUGGGGCAUUUGUGGUUGACAUAAAUGAAAGUUGACCGUUAUACUGAAAUCUAGUGGACAAGCUCAUAAUAUAAGUGCGUUCUGUAUUAUAUAGUUUUAGAAAUCCGAAUGAAGGCACUUAGCUUAAGUACAUAAAAUUGUAAUAUAUGUAAUGAAACAAAUACAUUGAGAGACCAAAGAGGUAGGGUACAUGACCUUUUUAUGUACAUAGUUCUCAUUGCAAUUUCAGACUUGCAGUAUUAAAUCACUGAGGUUGUAUUAUUUAACUUGGUAUUGCUGUGACCAACUAUCUGACAGAACCAACUUAAGGGUGUAAAUACUUAUUUUAGGCCAUCAUUUCAAAUAGUCAGUAGUUCCUUGACCCCCUUCCCAUUGAUAGGUCAUGGUUGGCAAAAGGGUUAGCAAGCACUUUUUAACAUCAAAACAAAUAGGAAACAGCAAAGAAGUGGCUAAGUACCAGGUUUACUUUUUAACGAUAUACAACAGCAACAUAUAUGAAAAACAAAUACAUCCCCUCUCCCACAAAAAAGGCAAGCAAAAGAACUUUUUAAUAUCACCUCCUAAAGUAUUGCCACCAUCAGAGAACCAAGCAUCCAAUAUAUAAGCCUUCAGGGAACAUUUCAGAUUAAAAAUCAAUAUAUACAGUUUCACGUUAAACAACUAACCCAUUAAUAUUUUGUUAAAUAUAUCAUGUUCAUAUAGUGUUGUAUGGAUAUUUUUAUAAAACUAUUCAGAUUGAAACUGACAAGCUAUUCACUGCCCCAAAUGGGUUAUUGAUAAUGCAUUUUCAAAGUUUAAUCAACAUAGGACUUAAUAUUCUGUCUAAUAUAAAGUCAUGUUGAAACGCAGAAGCUGGUACAUAAUUGGCAUCUGAAUUAAAGCAUUUUUGGUAAAC